GCGGGAUGCACAAAUCUUUCUGGAUCGCCAUAGCUUACCUGGUAUACGUCGGAGCGGAUGGAUGUUUGCAAUGCAAAUAUAAACCUUGGCCUACCAGAGGAGACGUACAAGAAGCGCAGAGAAGCAAGCAGGACAAAUGGAAGGAGGAACUGCUUGACGAGAUCGAUAAGGUAUCGAAUUUGAAAUUGUGUACUUCCGCCGAUCAAUACCAUAUUUUAGAAGUAGAACUAUCCACGAAAAUGUUCGAAACCGUCCGACAAAAAACUGAAUUAAUUGCUCGUCUGCUAGCCGAUUAUUAUCCUAGAACAGACCAAGAGAUGUUGAAGGCCUUUGCUGAAGAAACCGUCUUAUCAGAUAAGUUCCUGUACGCCGCCAGGAUCAUGUGGGUGGGAAAUGGCAGCCUGUGGAAACCACACUACUACGUAACGGCCAACCGUGCUUCUGGCAGUAGCCACCGUAGAGUAGUGUCUUCGCAGUUGUACGACAGAUCCUUCAAAGAAGAACCGUGGUUAGACAAAAACUCGGUGCCUCCUCAUGGCAAAGUCAAGGGGCACAGAGUGCAGCAUGGCAAAUGGACAUCCACUUACUUCACCUGCGACGUGAAGAAGUGGCUGCUUUCCUACACUGCAUUCGUCACUAUUUCCCGCAGCAAGUGGAGAAGGGCCAGUCAUCAAGUGGCCGAGAGGUACAAUUUUUCUCUUCUUGGACUAGUCGACCCCUCCGGUCUGAACGGAAUUUCCGAUUACAGCGUGGUGGGUGUCGUCAGUGUCGAUGUGGAUGUCACAAAUAUGGAUGUCAAUCAGUGCGACAGAAGGUGGAACGAAGACAACGGACAUAAUCGUCUAGGAGAGAUAGACAUAUUUUUAGGGAGCCAUAAAUGCGAUAACGAUACAAGCCAGUGUAUGUUCACACCUGGUCAAGGAUGGGUCAGAGGAGCGUAUAAGUGUAAAUGUCGAGACGGUUACUAUUCUGCAACUAAGAAAUCCGUAUUUAACGGCACGUUAGUAGAAUCCGCGUGGAAAGAGAAGGGCACAAUCAACAGCCCAAGUUAUGACAUGUUAUACGUCUGCAAACCCUGCCAGGCGGGAUGCGUUACCUGCGUGGAUGACUCUCCCUGUCUGUCACAUUAUAAUUGGGCCUUCCGAAUUUCUCUACUGACUAUCUCAAUGAUCUGCGUGCUGCUGACCAUUGUUCUAGCAUGCUAUAUCUACCGAUAUCGUAAGUUAAAGGUCAUCAAGGUAGCCAGCCCUAUAUUUCUCUGCAUCACUUUGUUAGGUUGCGCGAUCAUGUAUAGUGAGAUGGCCGCCAUAUUUCCCGUUCUGGACGUAUACAGUUGCAUUGCCACAAAAUGGACCAGGAACAUGGGUUUCUGUAUCACGUACAGCGCUCUGUUACUUAAGACAUGGAGGGUGUCGUUAACUUACCGAGUUAAAUCGGCUCACAAACUUAAAUUGACCGACAAACAGUUGCUGCAAUGGCUGUUCCCUAUUCUCUUGGUGAUGGCAAUCUAUCUAGGCACAUGGACCAUCUCUUCUCCCCCGGAAGCGGUCUAUAUCGUAGACUGGGAGGGACUGAAGUUUAAACAAUGUGACUUCAAUUGGUGGGACCACAGUUUGGCCAUAGGCGAAUUCCUCUUCCUUCUCUGGGGAAUUCGGGUAUGUUACAACGUCCGACAUGCAGAAUCCUUUUUCAAUGAAGCGAAACACAUAAGUUGGGCCAUUUAUAACAUCACUAUCAUUAAUAUCAUCAUGGUGAUGAUCCACGUCGUCAUCCUACCACACGCAGCACCCGACAUAAAGUACUUGUUUGGUUUCGUACGCACUCAGCUUAGUACAACAGUUACAAUCAUUCUUAUCUUCGGGCCUAAAUUUUAUAGAGUGAUCAAAGGAGAAGGCGAUACUUGGGACAAUCGGGCACGGGCAAGGGGCGUCACUGCUUCGUUUUCUCUCAACGGGGUGGGAUUAGUUCACGAAGAAACUCCCGAUCUCUACCAAGAGAACGAAGAAUUGAAGGAGGAGAUCCAGAAGUUAGCGGCUCAGAUAGAAGUAAUGAGAAUCGUCCACAUGGAGAUUAACAAUCGUCACUUGAAGCCAAAAUAUGGAAGCUUCUUCAGUCAGUCCAACAGCGCCCAGAGUCCCGUGGUCAAGUCCAUGUACAUGAAAUUCGAAAGCACGGACUCGCCCGGUUCUCGCAUUUCCCCAGCUGCCGAGUUGGUCAGCGAGAGAGUAUGAAAGUCGCCUUCUUUCGUUACGUCACACGAAAGGAAAAAAAGAAAAUAUAAUAACGGGGCUUCCAUUUGCACUAUCAUCCCCGAUACAAUAAAGAAAAUUUAAUUAUAUUUUACCAAAAUGGCGACUUCGGCUGUUCCCUUCGGGUGGCAUUCGUGUUAUAUCGAUCUAUUUUGAUGUCUGGUGACUCGAGUCCAAAUGUCGAGUGGGGUUUUAUCUGACGUUGCGAAAGAAUCGUUUCAUACCCGGUUUAUUCUUUUCUCUACCAUCGUUAUAGUAAAUGGAAUGUGUGCCUUCUACACGCCCCCAUCCGCGACUAUCGAAAUGUAACGUCAGUACGGGGCCAACUAAUAAAAAGAAUCGUUAGAUAAGAGACGGAAUGGGAGGGUGACUUGGUCAAAUUAGAGGUUUGAACCAUUCACGAAAUAGAUCUGUCGUCUCGUCGUGUGUAUCUGUACAAUUUAUUUAUCGAAUAAAGUGUUAUAGAGUUGUUGUUUUAUCGAU